AUGACUUUGUAUGAUGACACAUCAGAUCCCAGUUAUCUUCUCAGCAACUUUCGAAGCAGAACGUAUCUCACCGAUGCCUCAGACGCAACUCGAUGCAAAGCUUUCCCGACCACCCUAACAAAGGCCGCAAUUAAAUGGUUCAACAAUCUGCCCCCCAGGUCCAUCUCAAGCUUCGACGACUUGGCCAAAAUGUUUCUAGCCAGAUUUUCCAUCCAGAAGGACAAAACUAAACACGCUCCAAGUCUAUUAGGAAUCAAGCAAGGAGAUCGGAAAAGUCUUUGUAGCUACAUAGAAAGAUUCAACAAAGCAUGUCUGGACAUUCAGAGUCUGCCAACCAAAGCAGCCAUUUUGGGUCUCAUCAAUGCCCUACGAGAAGGACCUUUUAGUCAAUCCAUAUCAAAGAAACAUCCCACAUCUCUGAAUGAAGUAAAAGAACGAGCAGAAAAAUACAUCAACAUGGAGGAAAACUCACAACUAGGAGAAACCCUAAGAUCCGGAUUCUACAACUCCUCCCGAGAUAAAGACAAAGAUUCCAAGAAAAAAGAUUAUCUGCUUGGAGAGAAGAUUAAGAAAUACCACAAUUACACCCCUUUCCAGGUGUCUCUUAUGGAAGUUUACAAUGAAGUAUCCCACACGGAGAAGAUUCCACCACCCCGACCACUUAAAAGCAAAAAGGGAGGAGGAAAUCGGACGGAAUAUUACGAAUACCAUCGAAUCUAUGGACAUCCCACCAAUGAAUGCUUCAACUUGAAGAAUAUCAUAGAAAAAUUGGUAAGAGAAGGGAGACUAGAUCGGUACCUAGCCAGUAAGACAGAUGAACCCAGAAAGAGAAGAAGGGAUGAGGAGGUUGGUCGAACAGAACAACCACCUCGUACCCCGGAGAGGCAUAUUCACAUGAUACAUGGGGGAUUUGCGGGAGGAGGUAUCUCCAAAUCAUCUCGCAAAAGACACCUCAAAGAAGUAUACCAUGUCCAGGGAGGAGAAGAGGCACCCAACCUUCCUACUAUCACCUUUACUAAAGAGGACGUAGCUGGCAUCAUCUCGGGACAUGACGAUCCCAUGGUAAUUUCUAUCGUAUUGGCCAACGCUAACCUCCACCGAACACUGGUGGACCAAGGAAGCUUAGCCGACAUCCUGUUCAAAACAGCCUUCGACAAGCUCAGCCUAGAAGAAAAAGAGCUCAAAGCAUAUCCAAACAGCUUAUUCGGGUCGGACAACGUUAAAUCAGCUGGGGCCAAUAGUCUCGACUCCAUAUCUAUGCAAGAAAUUUCCAACUACAGAAGGGAUCGCUACGCUAAAAGGAAACCAAAAGACGGCCCGCCGCUGUUACAACGAUAG